UCUUGUUUCUUGUAUGCAGCUCCUUCUUUUUUCUUUCUUCUUUUGCAUACCCAUUCUCAUUUCCUCAAUCUGUUUUUAGAAAGAAAUUGUGUGUGAGAUGGGGAUUGUAAUGGAUGGAGAAGGGACGAGAAUAUACAGUAACGUUGCUGCUGAAAACAGAAAACGCUUGCCUCCUCUGAACAAUCAAGAUGACCUGUUCUUUGAAUUGUGGCACGCGUGCGCCGGUCCUACUGUUCACGUUCCACGUGUUGGGCAGAUGGUUUUUUACUUUCCACAAGGUCACAUGGAACAGGUUGCCUCAUACACAAACGAAGACGUUCAAAUGGAAAUGCCUAUCUAUAAUUUACCUUCUAAGAUUCUCUGCAAGGUGGUCUUUGUUCAACUUAAGGCUGAAGUUACAACUGAUGAGGUGUUUGCACAAAUUACUUUGCUUCCAGUUGCAAAGCAAGAUGAGCUAAGUUUGGAGGAUGGAAAUCCUCUAUGUUUGGCUUGGAGUACUAGUGCAUGUUCCUUCAGCAAGAAACUCACUCCAUCUGACACAAACACACAUGGUGGAUUUUCUAUUCCAAAGAGACAUGCUGACGAGUGUCUUCCGCAACUGGACCUUUCUCUGCAACCCCCUUUUCAGGAACUUGUUGCAAAAGACUUGCAUGGAACCGAAUGGCACUUUCGCCAUAUAUAUCGCGGCCAGCCAAAGCGUCACUUACUUACUAGUGGUUGGAGUACAUUUGUCACUUCAAAGAAACUGGUUGCUGGGGAUGCAUUUAUCUUCUUAAGAGGGAAAAAUGGAGAACUUCGUGUUGGGAUUCGUCGUGCAACAAAUCUACUGAACAAUGCAUCUACAUCUGUAAUAUCCGGCCACAGUAUGCAACAUGGGAUUCUUGCCAGCGCUUUCCACGCCAUGUCAACUGGCACAAUGUUUUCCGUCUACUACCGACCAUGGACCAGUCCUGCUGAAUUUAUCAUUCCUUUCGACCACUACAUGAAGUCUGCUGAAAUUGACUACUCCAUUGGGACAAGAUUCAAAAUGCAAUUUGAAGGUGAAGAAUGUGCUGAAAAGAGAUAUGGAGGCACUGUUGUUGGUAUUGAAGUUGUUGAUCCCAUUAGGUGGCCUGAAUCGGGAUGGAGAAGUCUCAAGGUCAACUGGGAUGCUACAUCAGAUGCCGUUGUGCGUCCAGAACGAGUUUCUCCUUGGGACAUUGAGCCGAUAGACUUCACUGACAUUACAAGUAAUUCUGAUAAACUCCCACAAAAGAGGCCACGUCCUUCCGAUUUGUCAACACAUACACUUCCCUAUUUUGUUGAGGAAGACUUAAAGCAAAAUGCAAUAAUAUUUGGAUCUCAAAGUGGCUCAGGGGUCUUGCAAGGUCAAGAAAGUGCGGUAGCUGGUAUUAACAUAGUGGAUGUACCAAAACCACCAUCAAUGCUAAAUAUGGUUUCCCCCUCAAAUCCUGAUGGGAAUCACAAAAACAUAGGAUUGGAAAAUCAGCUGCACUCUGCAGUGCAGGACUCACUUUACUGUUAUCAAGGCAGCAAGGUGCCAUUUACUGGUGGGAACACAGCAGAUGUGGAUCUUUCUAUUCACUGGCUCCCUACAUUCAUCUCUUAUGGACUUGUCAACACUGUUGUAAGCUGUAACUCGUCAGUUGCAAAUUCUAGUUCUCAUGACCAAAGGGCUUUGGAACUGAAGGAUGCAAAUGAAGUUCAAAUUGCUCAACUAAAUGGUGGCAGCAGAUGCAUGGUUUUUGGUGUCAAUUUGCAUAGUCCACCGGAGCUCCCUUCACCACAAGUCGCCACUUCCAGUGAGCGUGAAAGUCUUUGUUCUGUUCCUCCAAUGUCUCAAUCAAGUGUCUCUGAAGGCAUCCAGCUUUCUGAGCGAUCCAAGUCUGUCUCUUUGAUUGGUCCAAGAAAACAAUGCAACAACUGCUGCUUUGUCACUAACAGGAGUCGUAUUAAGGUGCAAAAGUGCGGAACUGUUCUAAGAAGAUCAGUUGAUCUCUCACUUUUUGAGGGGUAUGAUGAACUAGUUUGUGAGCUUGACCAUCUGUUUGAUUUCAAAGGAAGCUUGAUAGAAGGGACCAGUGGGUGGCAUGUGACCUACAUGGAUAAUGAAGGGGAAAUGAUGCUCCUUGGAGAUUACCCGUGGCAGGAUUUCGGGUUCAUGGCGAGAAGGUUAAUCAUCCGCCUGAAGGAGGACAAUGACGAGCGAGAUUUGAACUCACCAGAUACUGUGCCUAUGGAAUAAUGACAGCUUAAGUUACAUCAUCUGUGUUGCUUACAUCGACUUCAUGAACUUGUUUCUACGAUUGGAAAGGUUUGUUGAUGCAUGUUACUGAAUUGCAAUAGCGUAACUUGUUCUUAAAAUCUGGACGCGUCUACAGAUGAAUGCUUUGUGUGCCCUUUAAUAAAUGUUUUGAUACGGCUAAUGUGUAUGCCAUCAUGAACACAUUUCAUGAAGAUAGCCACAAUUUGAUUUUGAAUAAAAGUAAUUUAUGUUUUCUGUUGA